GCUGCCGUGACCCUCCCGGGAGUCCGGGAGAGGGCUUCGUCCUCUCCGGCCAGGGGUGGCGCUUCCAGGUCCCAGCUCGUUGGGGCAACAGCCAGCUCCAGAGCACAGCCACACCCUCGUCAACCCUGGGCCCCACCCUUUGAGCCCUGACUCCACUGCAGCCUCUGCCAGCCAGCUCUCCGCUCCCCCACCCUGACCAUGAGCUUGGUCCUCUUUCUCCCCCACCCUCUUCCCGGUCAAGGUGGUGGCCUGGGCCGCUCCACUUCACCAGUGCAGUGGCCCAGGACGGCGUGAGCAGCCCACUGGGCACCGGGAGCGGCACAGGGCCCCCAUGAGGCCACACUGCACUCCUCCGCCCUGGGGCCACUGCAGCCUGCUGGGCAGCACAUUCCAGUCACCACCCCCACACGGCUGAGGCUGGGCUCAGGCCACAAGAAAGCAGCUCCCUUAGAGCAGUGGGGUGGUCCCAGGCCAGAGCAGCCCCUUCCUCUCCUGGUCCCAGGAAAGCCCCGGCAGGAACUGCUGGCCUCCGGGUGGCUCCUCAGGACCCCUGGGUGGGCAGUGGCGGUGGACGCCAUGGUGCGCUCUUGCUGGCCUGCCCGUACCCAAGUGGCAGCUCUUGUCUGCCUGUAAUGUGACAAGCGCCCUGCCUGCUUCAUUCUCAAAGGCUUGGUGGGUCGGCUGAGAUCUGAGGGUCACGACAGGGUUUUGGGCAGGUGUUGGGAAGGCAGAGCUAAGCCGUCUAUCCUGCCUGGGAGCCGAGGCUGCCGGAAGCAGUGGUGGGAGGGGGUGUGGUGGAUACGGCCCCGCCCCUGGGAGGUGCUUGAGGCACCAGGAAAGGAAGUCCGGCUGGAGGAGUCCUGCCGUUCACACCGCCUCACCGUCCUCUCGUCGGAGUCUCUUAUCUGUGGUCGGCUGGUCGCUGGCAGGGGACUAGACGUGGCCGAGGCUGGGCUGCAGCCUGAUCUGGCUGGGGACGGCACUGCGUGGGCGCAGGACACACUCGACAGGCGAGCCUUGCCGGGGCCCCAGUGAAGUUCCCAUCCAGUGAGGAGAGCCAGCCAGGUCAGUGCCAGACCCAGUGGAGCCCAGACCCUGCUUCCCCUGGAGGUCCCCACCUGUCUCCACCCUGGGGUCCCUGGCUUCCUAUCGUGACUCCUCCCGCAGGGCCACCACCCCUGAGCUGUGGCCUGGGCUCCCUAGUCUCCACCUUGCCGACUCCAGCUCUGGGCCUGUCAGUCCACCUGGGGCCGCUCUGGGCCCUGAGUGCCUCAACCCACUAAGCCAAGCACCAGCGAGUGAAGGGGAUGACUUUGGGCUUCCCCAAGAUGCCGAGACUCCAACCGGUGAGCCCCUGCUGGGGGCUGUGGCCAUGGAGGGCGCCUGGGCCCUUCCAGCCUGGAAGGAGGAGCUGGGAGAGCUGGCCGCAGGGCAGGGGGAAGAGGAGUGCCCCAUCUGCACCGAGCCCUAUGGGCCCAGGGAGCACCGCCUGGCCCUGCUGAACUGUCGCCACGGCCUGUGUGUGGGCUGCCUGUGCAGGCUGCGGGGCUCGGCCCCAAGCUCCGACCUGGGCUGGGUACGCUGCCCACUGUGCCGCCAGAAGACCCCCAUGCUGGAGUGGGAGAUCUGCCAGCUGCAGGAGGAGCUGCUGCUGGCCGACGGGCCCCCACACCAGCCCCCCCAAGAGGUCCCCGCACCCCAGCACCGCGACCCUGGACCCUGGGGCUCCCUGGAGCACCGCUACCAGCUGCGCUUUCUGGCGGGGCCCCUGGGUGGCCAUGGCUGCCUGCCCUUUCUGCCCUGUCCACCCUGCCUGGGUGCCUGGCUCUGGACCCUGCGGGAGCGGGGACCCUGUGCCCGCCGCCUGGCUCUCCUGAGCCUGCUGGCCCUCGAGCUGCUGGGGCUCCUGCUGGUCUUCGUGCCGCUGGGGCUGCUGGGGCUGCUCUUCCUGCUCCUGGACCGCUCUGGCCGCUGAGCAGAGCCCAGGACAGCCCUGACGCCAGUGGGCCCAGACUGGCCCACAUCGCCACUGGGUGCUGUGAGACCUGAAGACUAAGCUGAAAAACCCAAGGUUGGGUCCAGGGCACUGCCCUUCAAUCAAGACCUCCAUGGCUGAACCCAAGACUGGGGCCACCCAGGAGCCUGACCCCGCCAGAGUGCAUGGCUGCUCUGGACGCCGGUGCCCAAGGACAGCUGCCAGAGGAGCCAGCCCAGCAGGAAGGUCUGCGAGCAGGGCCCCACGCGCCCAGUGGGAGACGCACCCUGCCGCCAUGGCCAAUGCUGACCACACUUUCCCUUCCGAGGGCCGGCCGAGCACAGCAGACAUGAAGGUUAACAGCUGCAGUCAGUCCGUUCCUUGGAGAGAGCAGGGGUUCCACCCACUCUGUGUUCAGAUAAGGGCCAGUGCAUGUCCCUGAAGGUCAGGCCAGCCGGGGGAGGGGCCUGUGCUGUGAAAACUCCACCUGCAGAGGCUUCUCUCCCCACCUACUCAGGCUGAGACCAGCUGGGGGUCAGCACUGGCCUGUGUUGCAGGGACAAGGGUCCACCCCGGCCUUAGAACACAAGCACCAGGCCCAGCUCUGCCCCUGCACACCCUCACGUUGCCACGCCUGGGGCCUCCGUGGAAAGGGUGGAGACGUCGGGUCUGUGGGUGACCCUGAGAGAUGGAGCACUGGGCUCGAGGCAAAGCAGCUUUCAAUAAACUGGUUCCUGGGAA